AGCGACGUAUUGCAGAGUCUGUGAUGUGGACGGAUCCCGGCGGAGUCUCCUCUACCAGAAGCUCGGCUUCACUGAGAACCGGCGGAAUCGAACAGAAUCCCUCCGGCGUCCCGGGAAAAUCCGCCCUCGCCCCCGUGCCCCCCUCUCAGCCUGUUCUCCCUCACCCUCCUCACCCUCCUCACCCUCCUCACACUCCUCUCGCCUCCCCUCUUCCCCGACUCAGCCAUGGCCGUGACGUCGGACAGCCAGCUGCCGGAGGUUGUGGCGCCUCAGCCGAGCCCCCGCCCUGCGGACAGCGCCCCUGCCAGCCCGCCGAAGCCUGAGGCGAAUGGCCACGGGGUCGUGGAGCAGCCCAGCACCUCCGCCGUGUUACCGGACACACCCCUGCGGGCGGCCAGGGCCGGCUCCGUCUCCCAGCUGACUCCCGCGGCCGGACAAAACUCGCCCCGCCCCAGCCUGUACCGUCCCGCCUCGCAGCAGACCGUGGAUGGAGCGGAGCUGCCGAAACCCCGCGACUACAUCUUCCUGGCCGCCCUCUCCUGCUUCUGUCCCAUCUGGCCUCUCAACAUCGUCGCCUUCGUCUAUUCCGUCAUGUCUAGGAACAGCUUCCAGAACGGAGAUGUUGAUGGAGCCCGGCGGCUGGGACGAGUGGCCAAGUUGUUGAGUGUGGUGGCGCUUGUGGGCGGCCUGCUCAUCAUCGGAGCGUACUGUGUGAUUAACUUCUCCAUCCUGCAGUGAGCUCGGGAGCCACCGUAUCCCAUCUCCGUGGAUCGAGACGGCUUUCCUGUGCCGCAUCGACUCACCAGGAUAGAAGCCUGCACGGAUCGGCUCAUCCAGAAUCUCCCCACCCACUUCUUCUCUGUCAUCUCCACACCUCUGGGGACCUCGGGUUCACCUUGCAUGCCUAUGCAACCACUUGAAAUGGGAGGGAGGGUCAGAGAAUCUCCCCAGAAUGUGUUCUGAAUCCUCGGAAGGAGCCGUCCACCUGGUCUCCCCCCCCCCCACCCUAUUAUACCCCAUGGAAGGAUGCCGAGACACCACCCAUCGAGAUCUCACUCUCCUCCAUGCCCUGACCCAGGGUGUGGAGAGCUGUGUCCUCAAGGCAGUGAGCUCUCCUGUGGGAAGUUUUAGUGAAUAACACAUAACUACUCACUGUGCAAGAGGGGCAAUGUUUAACUAUGGUGAGGGGAGGAUGGGAUUAGGAUGAGGGAGAGUCGUUUUAAAAUGGCUGUAGCUCUCUACAUGGCUGGAAAUUCCGGACUGUUCCGUGCCGACUGAAGUACCUGUUCCAGCCAGACCUACCUGUCUGAGUGUCUUAAAUGCUGUUCAUGGACCUGCCUCAGCCACUUCCUCUGGCAGCUCAUUCCACACACACACCACCCUCUGGGUGAAAAAGUUGUUCAUGUCCCUGUUACAUCUUUCCCCUCUCACUUUAAACCUGUUCCCUCUGGUUCUAGAUUCCCCAACCCUGGGGGAAAAGACGGUGCACAUUCACCCUGUCCGUACCCCUCGUGGUUUUAUACACCUCUGUAAGGUAACCCUUUAGUCUCCUACGCUCCAGGGAAUAAAGUCCCAGCCUACCCACCGAUCUCCAUAACUCAGUCCCUCGAGCCCCGUCAAUAUCCUCAUCAAUCUCCUCUGCAUCUCUCCAGCUUCACGGUAUCUUUCCGAUAGAAGGGCGACCAAAACUGAACACAAUAGCCCAAGUGGGGCCUCACCAACGUCUUGUACAACUGUAACGUAAACUCCCAACUCCUGACCUGUAACGUGACCUCCCAACUCCUGACCUGAAACGUGACCUCCCAACUCCGGACCUGUAACGUGACCUCCCAACUCCAGACCUGUAACGUGACCUCCCAACUCCUGACCUGUAACGUGACCGCCCAACUGCUGACCUGUAACGUGACCUCCCAACUCCUAACCUGUAACGUGACCUCCCAACUGCUGACCUGUAACGUGACCUCCCAACUGCUGACCUGUAACGUGACCUCCCAACUCCUGACCUGUAACGUGACCUCCUAACUCCUGACCUGUAACGUGACCUCCCAACUCCGGACCUGUAACGUGACCUCCCAACUCCGGACCUGUAACGUGACCUCCCAAC